AGCGUAGGAGUGGCGGACGGGCGUUGAGACAGGGCACCCUGACUGCUGCUUGCACGGGGCAGGAGCCAGCAGCCGUCUGUGCAAGUCCGCUGGUGGGGACGCAGGUGUCUGGGUUCACCCGCUCUGGCAGGCCCGGUUAGAAUGAGCAGCUCUGUGGAAGAACCCUCUGGUCUCUGUGUCCCUGUCUUGCUGGGGUGUGGAUGGUACCCAAGACCCAGCCUCCCACCAGUUGAAGAGUUCUGAGAAGCUUUUUGCCCUGAGGGCUCUCGCCUGGGGUGCGGACUGUGAUCCUGCCAUGGCGUUCCGGAGGACCGAGGGCAUGUCCAUGAUCCAGGCCCUGGCCAUGACGGUGGCUGAGAUCCCUGUGUUCCUGUACACAACGUUCGGGCAGUCUGCCUUCUCACAGCUGCGGCUGACACCAGGCCUGCGGAAGGUCCUCUUUGCUACAGCCCUGGGCACUGUGGCCUUGGCCCUGGCUGCCCACCAGCUGAAGAGGCGACGGCGGAGGAAGAAACAGGUGGGCCCUGAGAUGGGAGGUGAGCAUCUGGGCACUGUGCCCCUCCCCAUCCUCAUGGCCAGGAAGGUCCCAUCGGUAAAGAAAGGUUAUUCCAGCCGCAGGGUCCAGAGCCCCAGUAGCAAGAGCAAUGACACUCUGAGUGGCAUCUCCUCCAUCGAGCCCAGCAAGCGUUCUGGCUCCUCCCACAGCUUGGCCUCGAUGGUGGCCGUGAACUCAUCCAGCCCCACGGCCGCAUGCUCAGGACCAUGGGAGGCCAGAGGAAUGGAAGAGUCUAUGACUGCCAGUGAUGGCCAUGCCGAGAGCCUCUACAUACAAGGCAUGGAGCUGUUCGAGGAGGCUUUGCAGAAGUGGGAGCAGGCGCUGAGUGUGGGGCAGAGGGGCGACAGCUGCAGCACCCCCACACCUGGAGCUAGCCUCCGCAACCCGGAGAUUGCUUCAGAUGUACAGUCUGAGCCAGAGUCACAGCGCAAAGAGUUUGCUGAGAAGUUGGAGUCUCUGCUGCAUCGGGCCUACCACUUGCAGGAGGAGUUUGGGUCGACCUUCCCAUCGGACAGUGUGCUGCUGGACCUUGAGCGCACCCUCAUGCUGCCCCUGACAGAGGGCUCACUGCACCUGCGAGCGGACGAUGAGGACAGCCUGACCUCAGAGGAUUCCUUCUUCUCUGCCACAGAGCUCUUUGAGUCCCUGCAAGUAGGAGACUACCCGAUCCCACUCUCCAGGCCUGCUGCUGCCUAUGAGGAGGCCUUGCAGUUGGUUAAGGAGGGAAGGGUGCUGUGCCGGACACCCAGGACAGAGCUGCUGGGCUGCUACAGUGACCAGGACUUUCUAGCCAAGCUGCAUUGUGUGCGGCAGGCCUUUGAGGGCCUUCUAGAAGACAAGAACAACCAGCUUUUCUUCGGGGAUGUUGGCCGGCAGAUGGUGACAGGCCUGAUGACCAAGGCUGAGAAGAGCCCCAAAGGCUUCUUGGAAAGCUAUGAGGAGAUGCUGAGCUAUGCCUUGCGGCCCGAGACCUGGGCCACCACCCGGCUGGAGCUAGAGGGCCGAGGGGUGGUGUGCAUGAGCUUCUUUGACAUCGUGCUGGACUUCAUCCUCAUGGACGCCUUUGAGGACCUGGAGAAUCCACCCUCCUCAGUACUUGCUGUCCUGAGAAACCGCUGGCUGUCAGACAGCUUCAAGGAGACGGCCCUGGCCACUGCGUGCUGGUCGGUGCUGAAAGCCAAGAGGAGACUGCUGAUGGUGCCUGACGGCUUCAUCUCCCAUUUCUACUCCGUAUCGGAGCAUGUCAGCCCUGUCCUAGCCUUCGGCUUCCUCGGACCCAAGCCCCAGCUUGCUGAAGUUUGUGCUUUCUUCAAGCACCAGAUCGUGCAGUACCUGAGGGACAUGUUCGACCUGGACAAUGUGCGCUACACGUCCGUGCCAGCCCUGGCGGAGGACAUCCUGCAGCUGUCCCGGCGCCGCAGCGAGAUCCUGCUCGGCUACCUGGGCGCACCGCCGGCCAGCACUGUGGGCCUGAAUGGGGUGCUCCCCUGUGAGAAUGGACCUCCGGAGGAACUGCAGUAGUGGGGAGGGGGCACAGGUUUGGGGAGGGGCAGUUGCCCGGCUCUUGCCUGUGUGCCUCUCCUCUCUGUUGGCAUUGAAGGGUCUGCGCCUUGGUGAUUUAAGGGUGGUCAGUCCUGACCCUGCCUUCCUUUCCAUCAUUAGGGGCCUGUGGCAUAAGCGAGAUGGAGGCCCCCAGGGGCAUCAAGAGGCUGGACCAGUGGCCAUUGGGGACUGAGGGAGAGGAGGGUGGGAGAGAGAGAAGAGGAAGAGAGGAAGGUUUGGUGAAGAUCACUGAGACCUGUAACUGGAAGAACCUGUACUGGCUGGUUUCAGAAUCUGGGCAUCUGGCUGCCAUUGCCCACGGCCUCUUCACCUGCCACCACCCUAGAGAGAUUAGAUUACAGCUUCGCGUGGGAGGGUGGGGGCAUGGCGGUGGCCUAACCAAAGGUGGGACAGAGGGAAGCCUGCUUUCCUGUGGGCAGGAACUGGGCCUGUGACAAAUCUGUGUCCCAAGCCAGGACACUGUCCUCUGACAUUCUCUCACCCUGCCAAAGACUGUCAUUUCCCUUCCAAGCCCCUUGUCCCCACCCACCUCCCUCUUGGAGCUGGAGCUCUUAGGGAGUGGGGGUGUUGUGAGCUGCAGAAUCUGGCUAGAGGUUGCUUCUUCUGGGAGUUACUCAUGCUGCCAUCAGCGGACUCAGGAAUGAAGGAGCACAGGGACCACGCAGGACAGGGGCCAGUGAAAAGAGGUAGCACAGAGGAAGCUGAGCUUUGCCUUCAGCUCCAUGUGGACAGAUACUGUGGGCUGCUCGGCACUGAGCCCAUUCCCCACCACACUAGCCCUGCAGAGGGCCACCCAGCAUUUGUUUCCACGUCACUGGGCAUUCUGUGACUCUGAGAGUGGGGUGUUUUAUUUAUUGCCUUAACACUAUUAUUUUGAGGUUCUGUCCCUUCCCAGGUUGAGAGGCCUACAGGAGAAUAGAGUCCCCCUGGUUCUCCUUGGGGUGCAGGCUCCUCAGCCUUGGAUCCCUCUUCCUUGAAUGGCAGAAGGGAUCCUGAGAGAAUGAGGGAACACCACCUCCUAGACUAGAGGACCCCUUGCACUAACAUGGUUUUCGUUCCAAGCACACCUCUGGGAUGUGGCCCCACACACACUCACAGCCCCCCACCCACAUUCCUGUUUGUCUGCACUUAACCUACGUUGUGAAUGUAACCCUGGGCUGGGGUCCAGGAUGCAGUUUGCUCCCAGAGCACUCAGACGUGGUGUUUCUGUUUUGUUUACAUGUCCAUGCACUGCCUCUGUCAUUUGAUUUGUCGCCGCUUCCACCUUUUGUACGGUAGAGUGUGUACCCAUCAACUAUGAGUCAAUAAAAGGUUGGAAUGAUGCCCGUCACACACA